AAACAAAAAAGUCGAAAAAAAAAAUUGAAUCGGUCGGUUGUGGGUGCGAAUGUGUCGGCUGAUUUUCGAUUGUUUUCGUCCACUUUGGUUGCAAGCGCUUUAAUAAACUCGUAAAAACUCGAUCUGAUAACUCCCACAAAUGCUACUAAACUCUUGACUACACUAAAGAGUAUAUAUUUUAAUUCAAAAUCGACUUCAAACAUAAGAAAACGGUCAACUACGCGUGAAUCCUUCGUCGUCGUUGUUGUUGUUUUGCGCUUGCCGAAAAAUAAAUAAGGAGGUGAAGAGAAGAAUAAAAGAAGAACAGCUAAAGUGUUUUCCUACGCCAGAGUGAAAUAAGAAGAAAGUGUUUGUGUGUGUACAGCAUCAGCAGGCAAAUACCGUUAUCAUAGAGACCCGGCAAAAACAGAAAAAGCUACAAAAACAAAUCAUGUUGAUCUCGUGCAAAUGCUCGAAUUUCGUUGCAUCAACUUCGAAAUUGCAGCGCAGCACCAGCGGUGGAGUGGGGUUCAAUUCUAACGGUAACGGCAAUGGCAAUCCAGGUGCGAGCGGGACACCAGCCGGCGAAGUCCCACUGUCGAUCCUACUGUCGCAGGUGUUUCAGCAGAAAUAUCCCAGGGAUUUCAUCUACCACAGCCAGUUCAUGGACUUCUUCAAGAACGCCCAUGGACCCAUUCCAGACCUCACCGUGUCCAUAAUCAAUCAGCGGGAGCUGCUUUAUGGCCUCACCUUGGAGGCCGCUGGCCAAAGCUGGCAGCUGAGUUUCUGCAUCAACUGCAAGGAGGUGCUGUGCGCCAAGCGAUUGACGGCCGGUGCCGGGGCCACGCCCACCCUCUACCUCAUCAACCUCAGGCUGCUGAGCAGCAGUGAGGAGCUAGCACAGCGCAGGUCCAACAAGUCAUACUCGGAGACCUUUGAGCUGCUGAUCAUGGGUAUGGACAAAGACAGUGGCAAGGAUUCGAUGCCAGCGGGAUCUACCAGUGGCAUUGCUGCCUCGGCAUCGAGCCUGAGCAUUAAGUCCAGCGGUAACUCGAACGACUCCUGGGUCCAGAGGAGCCGAAUGCUCCAGGCCUAUCAGCAGGCACGUGUGCAGGAGGAGAUUAUGGAGACGAACAGCCGAAUUGAGCGAUAUGCCAAUAAUCAGUUCCAGCUGCUGAACAGCUUCCGGGAGAAAUCGGACCAGGACUUGGCCCUGCUGCAGCGGUUGAUCCGUGAGCAGCCCGGGCAGGCCCUGGAGCUGCUGGACCGUGCCAUGCCCCCCGCCCUGGAAGUGGCGAGCAAUCAGCCGCAGAGUGCCACUGCCCGGCGAAGGAAUACCAUUAGCAGCCGGCGGGAGUUGAAUGGACCCACCACGCCCACCACCACGCUGAAUCAUCCACCCAGCUUCCUUACGCUGAACCAGCAGCCGCAACAGCAGCAGCAGCAACAACAGCAGCAGCCACUAUCCGGUGCCUCCUCGGUUGCCAGGAAGAUGUCACAUUUUGACACACCACCCGCCACCCCAGAAGCCACGCCCAUGAGCGUGGGCAAUAGUCCCACCUUCCGACAGCAAUCGUCUGGCGGUUCAGGUGGUGGUCAACCCACCCAAAUGUUGGCCACCAAUGGAGUCCCUUCGUCGCAGGCUGCAGCAGACGAUGCGGAUGACUGUCUUUUCGAUUUGGAGGAUGUGGAUGCACCGGCUGUGCACUCUGUGCCGGUGCCUAGCUAUCCGCGCAACAUGAUUUACCAGCAGCAGUCGCACCAAUCACGUCAUAAUCCGUUCCAGAAUCUGGAGCAGGAGAGCAGCAUGGGAAAUGUACUGGACGAUGAGGCAGCAGACGAAGCUGAAGAUGCUCUCGACCUGGACAGCUCCAUUUCCAUACCAUCGCGAGGUGGUCGUCCCACGCAGGCGCAGCUGAUGAACUUCGCCCGGAGCCUGCCCAUCGAGAUAGCCAACACCACGCUGGCUGAGCGAGCUGCUGGAGCCAAUAAUAACAAUUAUGUUAUGGGAUGCGAGGAGGGAAUGGACAACAUCGAUAUAGCGGCCAGCAUUCAGGCGCUGACCAAGAGCGUCCAUGGCGAGGCUGUGUUUGGAGACCUUCCACGACCCCGGCUGCGAUCUCAGAUUGAGGGCUAGCGGCGCUGGCGUGGAUUUUAGGAGUCACCACUACGUACACAUAUUUAUAUAUAUAUAUAUUAAUAUAUAUAUAUAUAUAUAUACAUAUAUCAGCUCGUAAUCUGCAUACUUUGUUAGCUUGUAGCCCAGCCGCCUUGAUUGAUUGUUUGUUUUCGCUACCUAAACUAAAUUAGUUGCUCAACGAAACAAAAGGACACAACACACGAAGCGCCUUCCACAGACAAACAAAACACAACAUGUCCUUCAUCUAACAACACCUACAUAUGAAACCACAUACGCACCACCUACCAAGUACCAACUAAGCAGACAGUUUGCAAUUUCUUUAAUAAUAUUAUCGCCUAUAAGUUUUUUUCUUUCAUUUUUUCGGAUGAUCUUCGAUUGGAAAUGUGUAUUUUCUUCGUACGACGAGUGUAGUACGGCUGUCGUUGGCUGUUGCACAUUGAGUUAACUAACUGAUACUGAUACUGAUGAUGUUGUUAGUUUAUACAAUGAAUAAUCUAGUAUACAUAUACAUACAUUAUAUAUAUAUAUAUUAUACAAAAAAUCAUAAAGAAACCAUAAAGAAUGCCAUCAGCUCCAGCUGUGACGCAAAGCAAGACGCACCACAAAGGCGUCCAAUCUUA